AUUCUGUUGGUUUUUAUUACAUUGUUCAGGCACACGUCUCAUCUCAUAUUCUAAAAAGAAAGCUUAACACUUGAAGUUAAGUCAGAUUAAGCUUACUUGUCCCUGGUGCUUGCCAUAGUGCCUGGCACCAAAGGUGUUCAAUAAAUAUUUGCUAAUAAGUGAAUCCAAAAGUACCUUGUAAUAAUUAAUUGUGGCAGAAUAUCUGGUAACCAUUCAGGCUAACCUAUUUGCUGUCUUUAAAAGUUGCAAAGCUUUUUAUUUAUCUACCCCCCACAUCUGUCAUUUUAAAAAUGGCAUUUAAUGGUAAGGACUUUUUCAAAAUGUUUCUAGCAUACACCAUCAGAUAAUCAUAAAAAUAGGUGAUAUUUGCUUUAGUAAUGAGUUUGAACUUAUCCACUCUAAUCUGGCAAUCAAAAAUAUUCGAGUACUUACUAAACCCUCUAGGCCAAGCUUGUCCAACCCAUGGCCCUUGGGCUGCAUGUGAUCUAGGAUGGCUUUGAAUGAGGCCCAACCCAAAUUUGUAAACUUUCUUAAAACAUUAUGACAUUUUUUUGUGAUUUUUCUUUCUUUCUUUCUUUCUUUUUUUUUUUUUUUUUAACUCAUCGGCUAUCAAUAGUGUUAGUAUAUUUUAUGUGUGGCCCAAGACAGUUCUUCCUCCAGUGGGGCCCAGGGAAACUAAAAUAUUGGAUACUGUAUUAGUUCAUUUUCAUACUGUUAUGAAUAAAUACCUGAGACUGGAUAAUUUAUAAAGCAAUAUAGUCCCAUUUACUAGCAGUAUAGUCCCAGGCAAGUCACCUGACCUGUCUGAGCCUCCAUUUCUUCAUUCGUAAAUUGGAAAUUGUAACUUCUGCCAUGGCUUGCACUCACAUAUCAGAUUAUUUGACACGGAAUUGGAAAUUGGUAUGCAAAUAUAAAGGGUUAGUAUUUAUUAAAAGAUGAAAAGAGGAGGAUGUACUAAGAAAGAGUGGCUCCUGAGCUUUUGCUAAUGAAUGGCACAGACCUCAGGAAGAGAGUCAUUGGAGACAGCCUGUUGAAUCUAAACCUCAGGGGUACUACUGCUAGAGGGCUUAGCCCAUUGUGAUUUCCUAGCAAUUCGGUAAAGUUUACACAAGAUACAUCUUGCCUGGAUUAGUAGCUAUAUAACUUUUAGUGUCCAGGUCUGGGAAGUUAUUGAUCUCAUGGCACUCUGAGCUGGUAAGAGGACAGUGGGAAUACUGUCACUGAGCAAGAGGUUCAAUGCCCCAAGUCAGUACGAUGGCACCAGCUUUCAGGAAAAGAAGCAACUUUAUGGCAAGGUUGACAGGAGGUAGCAUUUGAAUCUGUCACCGCCAGAUGAGGUCUGUAUUUUAUAGGAAGAGAGUAACUGUGAGGGAGCUAGGAAAAUGCAUCGAGGCGUGGUUUCAUUGGUUAUGCAGACAGACAGUGUAGGGUUCUUGGCACUUAAGUUCAUAUUGCAGCAGCUCCCCUCACUUCUUAAUUUGGUCCAUGCUCCUUGGUUCAGGUAUCUUGGUUCCCAAUGCAGUUGACAUUUUUGUUCCUUGGCUUUGGGGUCACCAGUUGUGCACACUUGAUUAAUCUGCAUGUGCUUGUGACUUGCAAGCUGUGGGUCCAGUGCAACUGAAAAAAACCUCAUCAUUCUGUUGUUGACAAAGUGGAACUAGUUGGUUCUGCAGUUCCCAAUUUUAUGUCAGGUACUGAAUUUUCACACUUUAGGAGGAACGCUGACAGACCGAGAGCAUUGAAAUGAAGGUGAGCAGUUAGGAUUUGACUGGCACUGUCAUGUGAGGACUAGAUGGGCAUUUGGCCUAGGCAGGGAUAUGAUCAUUGUCUUUUUUUCUUUUUUCCCCCCUCCUAACCCCGAUCAUUGUCUUUUAAGCUUUGUUAGACCGUCCCUUGGAGGCUGGAUUGACAAUAUUUUGUGUGACUUGUGAAGUCAGAACCAGUACUAAUGAGUGGAAGUUCCAGGAAGUCAGAUUUGGCUCAGUGUAGAGUAGCACUUCUGCUCGCGUGAGCAUCCUGCAGUGACACUGAGUAUCGAGUAUAUGAUACAAGAGGAAAGGAGACUCCUGCCUUGGCAUUAAUCCUGUGAAGCAACGCAUAUCUUGGGAAGGGACUUCCACAGAGAAGAAGCAUUCACGCAAGCAGGUUGAACGCUAUUUUACUAAGAAGAGUGUGGGGUUAAUGAACAUUGAUGGAAUUGCCAUUAGCAGUAAAACUGAACCUCCAUCAUCUGACCCCGCCUCCUUUAUACCAGUGAAGGACUUGGAAGAUGCAGCUCCUGUUACAACCUGGUUGAAUCCUCUGGGGAUUUAUGAUCAGUCAACCACACAGUGGCUACAAGGACAGGGUCCUCCAGAGCAGGAAUCAAAGCAGCCAGACACACAGCCAGACAGCGAGAGUGCAGCUCUCAAGGCCAGGGUGGAGGAGUUUAACAGGAGGGUGCGGGAGAAUCCGCGGGAUACGCAGCUGUGGAUGGCAUUUGUUGCUUUUCAGGACGAGGUCAUGAAAAGUCCUGGGCUGUAUGCCAUCGAGGAAGGAGAGCAGGAAAAGCGAAAGCGGUCCCUGAAGCUCAUUCUGGAGAAGAAGCUGGCCAUCCUGGAGCGGGCCAUUGAGAGCAACCAGAGCAGUGUGGAUCUGAAACUGGCCAAGCUGAAGCUCUGCACAGAGUUCUGGGAGCCCUCCACUCUGGUCAAAGAGUGGCAGAAACUGAUAUUUUUACAUCCCAAUAAUACAGCCCUGUGGCAGAAAUACCUUUUGUUUUGCCAGAGCCAGUUUAGUACCUUUUCGAUAUCAAAAAUUCACAGUCUUUAUGGAAAAUGCUUGAGUACUUUGUCUGCUGUUAAGGACGGCAGCAUCUUAUCUCACCCUGCGUUGCCUGGCACAGAAGAGGCCAUGUUUGGGUGGCAACCAGGCUUCUUCCCCUCUGCCCUCCUGUUCGCAGCACUCUUUCUUCAGCAGUGCCACUUUCUGCGGCAGGCCGGCCACUCUGAGAAGGCCAUCUCAUUGUUCCAGGCCAUGGUGGACUUCACCUUCUUCAAACCUGACAGCCUGAAAGAGAUGCCUACCAAAGGACAGGUGGAAUUCUUUGAGCCCUUUUGGGACAGUGGAGAGCCCCGGGCUGGGGAAAAGGGAGCCCGAGGAUGGAAGGCGUGGAUGCACCAGCAGGAGCGAGGUGGCUGGGUGGUCAUCAGCCCAGACGAGGAUGACGAAGAACCAGAAGAGGACGACCAGGAAAUAAAAGAUAAGACUCUGCCCAGGUGGCAGAUCUGGCUUGCUGCUGAGCGUUCCCGAGACCAGAGGCACUGGCGGCCCUGGCGCCCUGAUAAGACCAAGAAGCAAACGGAGGAAGACUGUGAGGAUCCCGAGAGACAGGUGCUGUUUGAUGAUAUCGGGCAGUCUUUGAUCAGACUCUCCAGCGAAGACCUGCAGUUCCAGCUGGUGGUGGCCUUUCUGCAGUUCUUGGGUGUGCCUUCCGGCUUCACUCUGCCAGCCUCCUGUCUUUAUCUGGCCAUGGAUGAGCACAGCAUCUUUGAUAAUGGACUUUAUGAUGAAAAGCCCUUGACUUUUUUCAACCCUUUGUUUUCCGGGGCCAGCUGUGUGGGCCGCAUGGACCGGCUGGGCUGUCCUCGCUGGACCAGGGGUCAGAACCGAGAGGGCGAGGAGUUCAUCCGCAACGUCUUCCACCUGGUCAUGCCUUUGUUUUCAGGCAAAGAGAAGUCUCAGCUCUGCUUCUCCUGGUUACAGUAUGAGAUUGGAAAGGUCGUGUGGUGUCUGCACACUAAAAACAAGAAGAGAUUAAAGUCACAAGGGAAGAACUGCAAAAAACUAGCCAAGAAUCUCCUUAAGGAGCCAGAAAACCGCAACAACUUUUGCCUCUGGAAGCAGUAUGCCCAUCUGGAGUGGUUGCUUGGCAACACAGAGGAUGCUAGAAAAGUUUUUGACACAGCACUGGGCAUGGCAGGAAGCCAAGGACUGAAGGACUCUGAACUCUGUGAGCUCAGUCUUCUCUAUGCCAAGCUGGAGGUGGAGCUGGAGGUGGAGCUGUCGCCGGAAGUGAGAGGGGCCGCCUCCGCCCGAGCUGUUCACAUAUUAACCAAGCUGACCGAGAGCAGCCCCUACGGGCCCUACACUGGACAGGUGUUGGCUGUUCACAUUUUGAAAGCACGAAAAGCUUACGAGCACGCGCUGCAGGACUAUUUGGGUGACAGCUGUGUCUCCGAUCCAGCUCCCACCGAUUCUUGUACCCGCCUAAUUAGCUUGUCCAAAUGCUUCAUGCUCUUCCAGUAUUUGACUGUCGGGAUUGGUGCUGCUGUACGGAUAUACGAACAGGUAUUUGCCAAACUGCACAGUUCUGUUUUUCCAGAAGGCUCUGGCGAGGGGAAUAGUGCCAGCUCCCAGAGUCGGAGCAGUUUUCUCGAAGCCAUCACACUGAUGCACGCAAGCCUGCUGAGAUUCCACAUGAAAGUGAGUGUUUACCCGCUGGCCCCUCUGCGAGAGGCACUCUCACAGGCUUUAAAGCUGUAUCCAGGCAACCAGGUUCUUUGGAGGUCCUAUGUCCAGAUUCAGAAUAAGUCCCACAGCGCCAGCAAGACCAGGAGAUUUUUUGACACAAUCACCAGGUCUGCUAAACCGUUGGAGCCUUGGCUGUUUGCAAUUGAAGCUGAGAAAAUGAGGAAAAGACUAGUGGAAACUGUUCAGAGGUUAGACGGUAGAGAGAUCCACGCCACAAUUCCUGAGACCGGCUUAACGCAUCGGAUCCAAGCCCUGUUUGAAAAUGCCAUGCGCAGCGACAGUGGCAGCCAGUGCCCCUUGCUGUGGAGGAUGUAUUUGAACUUUUUGGUUUCCUUAGGAAAUAAAGAAAGAAGCAAAGGUGUAUUCUACAAAGCACUUCAGAAUUGUCCGUGGGCAAAGGUGUUGUACCUGGAUGCCGUGGAGUACUUCCCCGAGGAGAUGCAGGAGGUCCUGGAUCUGAUGACCGAGAAGGAGCUCCGGGUGCGCCUGCCACUGGAGGAGCUGGAGCUGCUGCUGGAGGAUUAGAGCCGCGGGGAAUAGACCGUGCCUAUGAGGCCAAGUCGCCCACCUGGCAGAGCCAGGCGGCAUGAGCGGAGAAUGUGUGCGUUAGAGACCUCAGCUUUUGAAAUGUUCUUUCUCAAUAUUAAUAAUGUGUCUGGGCUGGCAGCCUCUCACAUCUGGCACACUUUUGGGGUGUGAAAAUGACACAAAAGCUGUUUACAUAUUAUAUAUGUGUAUGUGUGUAUAUAUGUACAUAGCCAGGGAGUCAUGCCAAGUGGUCAUUAAACCGAUGAUGAUUGA